CCGAGGAGGGGGCGGGAGGGGGACCGACCUGGCGGACUGGACCGUGUGCAGUGCCGGAGUUUGCUGGGGAUGCUGGAGUCAAUUCGAGUGACCGAAAAGCUUCGCUGGCCAGAGGUAGAGCUCACCAAGAAGUCCAUACUGCUGAAUCCUACUGGAAAAGAAUAUACAAGCCAAACUGGGUUCCAAGAAGUUUCAGUCAGUAUUCUCAAAGAAAUCUUCAAUGGAACCAAUGGCUACAAUGUUUUAUUGCACUCAAAAGGAGAGAAAAAACACUUGUCCUCCAGCCUUCAUAAGAAGCAUAGGAAAUCCAGCAAGCCAUCAGCUGUCUUGCGGAGUAAAGAACGCCGAGCCCCCAGCGCCCCUCUUCCAUUGGUGGGCAAGGAGUGGUACCUUGGUAACCGGUGCACUCCCCUGAUUGUGGGAAGUCUAGUUUCCAGCACUAUGAAAUUCCCUUGCAGCAUAUCUGUAAUAGGAAGUGGCAUUGGGCUGUCCCAGAGACCUAAAAGCAAGAUAAAAAGGCUGUAUUUUACAAGUCUGCAGAAGUCCAAGCCCACGGUCGGCCACGUUCAAGUGAGGGACAGCGAAGGCUCUGUUCGUCGGCAGUGCAUACUGAGUGCCAUCAAACCUUCAAACGUGGAAAAGGAACGGAUCAAAUUUUUUAAGUCUGACUUCACCUACAAUCCUCAGUUUGAGUAUGCUAAUCCUGUUUCACCCCACGUGUUGGCAAGGCACAGUAAUGCUUCCGAUACAUUUCUUAUUCAGGCUGUGAGGAUAAUGAAGAGGGCACUCCGGAAAUACGGCAGCUAUGAGAAAUUUGAACAAGUGACAGGAGGCAGUCUACUAUCCAAGAGCCGUAUCUGGUAUUUUGUGAAGAAAUACAUGGAAAAGGAGGACUGUCUGGGUGACAUUGCAGUUCAUCUGACAGAUGAUCUGCUCUCACGUGCAUCCAUGACUAUAGUGAAUGGACGCCCAACUCUGACAAUCAACGUGUCAACUGCUCGAGAGCACUGGCUGGAGGGAAUGCUGAGACACGAGAUAGGUACCCACUAUCUUCGAGGUUUGAACAACAACAUGCAGCCCUGGUGUAACUGGAAUGGUCGUAAGAAGCAUGCACUUAAACCAGUGAACCCAACUGAAGAGGGACUGGCCAGCAUCCACAGUGUCCUGUUUCGCAAGGACCCUUUCCUCUGGAGGGCAGCUCUCCUCUACUACACAGUCUACAAAGCCAGUUUUAUGUCCUUCAGUGAGCUCUUCCGAGAUAUUAGCAAGUUUGUGAAGGACCCAAACACUAGGUGGGAUUACUGCGUGCGAGCUAAGCGUGGUCAGACUGACACAUUACAAGCAGGUUGUUUUAGCAAAGAUCAAGUAUAUCUAGAUGGCAUUCUUAAAAUUUUGAGACACAGAAGUAGCAUCAACUUCCAGCUUUUAACAGCACUGGGAAAGGUUUCUUAUGAAGAUAUAGAGAAGCUGAAGAGUAUUGCUAUGUUACACCAUGUGCAAAUACCUCACUUCCUGCGGGACCAGACUCGAUACAAGGACGAGUUGAAUAAGAUCAUGGAAGUGAAUGGGUUGACGGACAGUGAACUCCAGUUAUUGGUCUAAAAAAAUCCUUAAACUGAUACAAAUAUUGAGAUCUCCAAACAAAUAUAUGACCACAUUCAUCUAUGCUAAACUAAGGAGCGUUCACUAGGAAGUUAGGAACACAGGAACACAUCAAGAACACAGGAGGUAUUGAUGUCAAAGAAACUGAGACUUGAAAGAAGGCUAUAUAUCAGAGGAACAGUUAUAGCUGAUGGGGCCAAUUAUGGGAUUAGUAGUCCUUUAUAUUUUGGAAGAUACUUGAAAGAACCUCCAGAAGUUUCAGUGGGUUCUUUUAUGUUAAGAGAAAUGGUUUAUCUCUGCACUCAUAGACAAAUAAAAUAUAGUCCUUACAGCAUCUAGUGCCAGAGGUCAAGUCCAACAAAGCAUAGAUUUAUCAACAGGAUUUGAAAUAAUUUAUAAUAUAUAAUAAUCCUUGCAUUUGAUAUAGC